AUGCAACGGCAGCUGCUCUUUUUGGGAUUUUUGUUGGCCACUCUAGUGAAAUUUAGCCAGGCCGAGUGCAAUAUCUGUUCCUCUGAGAGCAAUGUAGCCUGCGUGUCCAAAAAUAAGUACCAAAACUGCUCGGCAAACGCUAUUCCUACAGGUACCGUGUAUACAUGUCCGAAUAAUACAUUUUGUACGGGAUUGCCAGAGAAAUGCACUUCCAACGAGGCUGUUGCAUCCUGCAAUGAGUGCAGAAAGUGUGAUGGAAUUAUACCAUUCGCCUGUACUAGUCCAACAACUUUUGCACUUUGCAAUGCUGUGAAUGAAAUUGCAAGCACCGAAUAUCCCUGUUCGACUGGAGAGGUGUGUCUAUCCCAAAUUGGCAAUCCUUGUGUGGCCUCACCAAACGGCACAAGUGCCUCGUGUUCCUACUACGCCUUAAUAGAUGAUUUGUGUAUCCAAAAGAGCUCCACGGGUCGCUUUCCUUAUCCCAAUGAUUUAAGUUGCCUUAAAUAUGUGCACUGUUUCCGCAAGGGCUCCACCUGGUCCGGAAAUUCCUGGCAGUGUCCUUCAAGUAAACCCUUCUUCAGUGCCAGCACUUCUACUUGUGUAGCGACUAAACCGGCAACAUGUGCCUAGUUCAUUGUUAUAAAAGAAAUCGUGUAAUAAAUAUAUAUUUGUAAACUGCUUUUUAUCA